GCGUACACAGGCGGGAGGCCGCGCGGGGUUCGGGCUGCGAGCUGGAGACUCCCCGGACCCGGCGGCCUCGCCGCGGAGCGGGCCGGCUGGGCUCUCGGCGGAGGACGGAGCGCAGGCUUCCUCCUCCUCCGGCCAGGGGAACCAGAGAGAAUGAAAGCCUAUCUCAAGAGCGCAGAAGGCUUUUUUGUCCUAAAUAAAAGUACCACGAUCGGAAAGCAUGAGGAUUCGGACCUGGUGUUACAGUCUGCAGACAUCGACAACCACCACGCGCUUAUUGAGUACAAUGAGGCCGAGGGCAGCUUUAUUCUCCAGGACUUCAAUUCCCGCAACGGCACGUUUGUCAACGAAUGCCACAUUCAGAAUGUGGCUGUGAAGCUGUUUCCUGGGGACAUCCUGAGGUUCGGGUCUGCUGGGCUGACCUAUGAGCUGGUCGUCGAAAACCCACCUCAGGUCUCGUACCCUUGGGUGAGGGGCCCAGCACCCUGGCCAAGGCCACAGACCGCCUGGACUGCCCAGCAGCCGAACAUGCCGCCUUCGCCUCCGCAUUUUCCCUUCUGCCAGGGCAUCCAGCCAACGCCUAUGCAUCGGAGUUGGUCCCAGGGAUUCCCCAGGCCCACCAUGGUCCCGCCUGCCUCCCAUCAGCGGCCCAUGAGCGCCAGGGGGAAGAUGUUCUCCUUCAUCAUGGACCGCAAGUCCCCCCUCAUCAAGCAAGUGUGGACCAACGCUGUGGACCUGGCGGAACAGUCUAUAGCUGAGGGAAAUUCUGGGGCAGCCUCUACCUCAGAGAUGUAUGUGGAGCAGGACCUGGCCCAGCAGGAAAAGGACGAAAUAAUCCUGCUCCUGGGGAGGGAAGUCACCCGUCUCUCGGAUUUUGAGCUGGAAUCCAAAUACAAAGACGUGAUCAUUGCGAACCUGCAGAAAGAAGUGGCCGGGCUGAACCAGAAGCUGUCAGAGACCGCGACCUCCCAGCAGAGUGACAAUAGCGUCCCAAAGAAGGCCCAGGGCCCCGAAGAAGACAGUGAUGCCAGGCAAAGGGAGAUCCAGAGCCUGAAAAGCCAGAUCAGCGCCCUGCAGAAGGGCUACAGCCAGGUGUUGUGUCAGACCCUGUCUGAGCGGAACUCGGAGAUCGCCUCCCUGAAGAGCGAGGGGGAGAGCUUGAGGAGGGACAAGGCCAUCACAGCAGAGAAGGUGACAUCUUUGCAAAAAGACAUUUUAGCAAGGAAUGAGCAAGUUCAACAGCUAAAAGAGGAAGUGAAUCAACUAAAGAAUCAAAACAAAGAAAAAACGUGCCAGCUGGAGGCGCUGGGCUCCAGAUGCUCGGCCCUCAAAGAAGAGUUAAAAAAGGAAGCUGCCCAAAAGGAGCACAGGGAAGCCCAGGACAAGGAAUUAAAGCGCUACAAAACCCAAAUCCAAGAUAUGGAGAAAGAAAUAAAGAAGCUCAGGGAGGAGCUGAAGAAGAGCUGUUCUGAGCAGAGCACCAUCUCCAGGACCCUGCGGGAAAAGAGCAAGGUUGAAGAGAAACUUCAGGAGGAUUCCAGGAGGAAAUUGCUUCAGCUGCAAGAAAUGGGGAACAGAGAGAGCCUCAUUAAAAUCAAUUUGGAAAGGGCAGUAGGUCAGCUGGAGCAUUUCAGGAGCCAAGUCAUCAAGGCCACCUACGGACGAGUGAAGCCAUUUCCGGAUAAGCCCAUCACCGACCAGCAGCUCAUAGAAAGGAUCGCCCAGGUCACCGAGGAAAACGACAACCUUCAGCAGAACAAGUGGAGCCUGGAGAAGGAGACCCAGCUGAGCAACUCGAAGCAUGAGGAGACCACGGAGAGCAUGGAGAGGCUGCGGGCCGCUCUGGACAGCUGCCAGGCCUGCAUGAAAACGUCCAGCCGCAGCAGGGACCUGAAGAAGGAGGUGGACCUUCUACGGGGCCUUCAGGUGAGCUCACCUGUGGCAGGGCUCCAGAAGGUGGCGCUGGACAUCCUAAACCUUCCACUGUCCUGGCUGGAGGGAAUGGAGCAGCUCCUCGAGGACCUCAGCCUCCAGCUUUCCAGCUCUGACAAAGGCUUCUCUUCAUAUCUCCUGUGUCUUCUGGAGCAUUCCAAAAAAUUUAUGAGCCAGACCGAGGAACUCCAGGCCCAGAUCAACAGCUCUCAGGAAAUGCAGCAGACUCUACUGCAGGAGACACUGAGGGAGCACAUGGCAGAGAAGGAGAGGCUGACGGAGGAGAGGCUGGAGCUAGAGGAGGAGAUGAAGGCCAGAGUCAGGCGGCUGAUGGAGGAGAAGGAGGCUUUGGAAGACGAUGUUGCCCAAGAGAGAAACAAAGCCAAGGAGGAGAAGAAGAGAGCGUGUGAGCUGGAGGAGCGGCUGGCCCAGCAGAAGGAGGCUUUGGAAGACAGCGCAGUCCAGGAGAAAGACAGAGCCAGGGAGGCCUUAGAGGAGGCACAGAGGAGGAUCCGCGAGCUGGAGAACCGCCUGGCCCACCACAAGGAGGUCUGGGAGACCAGCAUGGCCCUGGAAAAGAGGAAAGCAAAGGAGGCGCUAGAGGCCGAGAAGAGGAGAGUGCAGGACCUGGAGAACCACCUGACCCAGCAGAAGGAGAUCUGUGAGAACAGCAUUGCCUACGAGCACCACAAAGCAAAGGAGGCUUUAGACAAGGAGCGGAGGCAGGUGCAGGACCUGGAGAACCGCCUGACCAAGCAGCGAGAGGAGAUCGAAUUAAAAGGCCAGAAAGAGGACGACUUAAAUAAUAAAUUAAAUGCCGCGCUGGCCCAGGUGGAAGAGACGGAGCAAAUGAAGGCGGCAGAGAGCCUCAAAGCAGAGAACCUUGCCCUGAAAUUAAAUAAAACCUUGGUGGAGCUGGAAACUGCCAAGUCAAAAAUGGUCCUUAUGGAGGAGCGGAUAAUGCUGCACCAGCAGAUGAUAAAGUCCCUCCAGGACGAGCGGGAAUCCCAGAAACACGGAUUCGAGGAGGAAAUCCUGGAAUAUAAGGAGCAAAUCAAGCAGCACUCGCAGACGAUCGUGAGCCUAGAGGAAAGGCUCCAGAAAGUAACCCAGCACCAUAAGAAACUAGAAGAGGAGAUCUCGACUUUGAAGGACACUGAUCCAGCUCAAGAGGAGGAGCCGCCACCCAAGCCUCCAGCAACCCCGUCCUCAGACAGCAAUGCCAAAGAGAUGGCGUACGAAAGCUUGAUGGCCUGUUUUUGGAAUUGCAGAGAUGACCUCAUGGCAGCACAGAAGGAGAUUCUGUCUCAGCAGGAGAUCAUCAUGAGGUUAAGGCAGGACCUGAACGAAGCCCAUGGCCAGAUGACAGACUUGAGAGGGGAGCUGAGUGAGAAGCAGAAGAUGGAGCUGGAGCGGCAGGUGGCCUUGGUCCAGCAGCAGAACGGCGAGCUGAACGCGCUCAAGGCAAAGAUGUCACAGAUGAACAGCCAUGUGGAGAAGAAGGACAAGGAGCUCAAGGCCCUCAAGGAAGCUCUUAGGAGUUCCCAAGAGAAACACAAGCACCAUCCGAGCUCGGAGAAGGAGCAGAAACUGCGGGCCACCACCCAGAAGUGUGACAUCUCAGUGCAGAUAGACCCAGGCCACCUGGAUAUUUCCUCGAGCAGCCCAGAGGAGCAAUCCUUCAGUGACCUGGGGGCCAAGUGCAAAGGGCACCGGCAUGAGGAAGUCAUCCAGCGGCAGAGAAAGGCCUUGUCAGAACUCCGUGGGCGCGUCAAAGAGCUGGAGAAGGCCAACUCUUGCAAUCCUAAGGACCACCUGAAUGAAUCACUCCUGGAAUUAAAGACACUCAGAAUGGAAAAGAAUGCCCCCAAAAUACUAUUGGACACAAAAUCCGGUUUUCCAACUCUCUCAAGAAUAGAGAUCCAAGCGAAUGGCCUUCCCAGCCCAGGGCCCAGUUUGGCCUCAGAGAAGUCAGGGAAAGCAGAUAUGGCUGAGGCCUUGGAGCUCAGUGAAAAGCUGUACAUGGACAUGAGCCGGACGCUGGGAAGCCUGAUGAACAUCAAGGAUAUGUCGGGCUACGUGUCCAUGAAACACCUCUCCCCCAGAGAGAGAGAGAAGGUCAAUCUGCUGCGACAGAGGGACCUGGAUCUGGUGUUUGACAAAAUCACGCAGCUCAAGAGCCGGCUGCAGCGGAAAGAGGAGCUCCUGCGGAGCUACGAGCGGGACAUCGAGCAGCUCAGGCAGAGCAAAGUGUCCGUUCAGCUGUACCAGUCACAGGUGGCCAAACUGGAGGACGACAUCUACAAGGAGGCCGAGGAGAAGGCACUGCUCAAGGAGGCCCUGGAGCGCACCCAGCGGCAGCUGCAGCAGGAGAAGAGGCUCAACAAGGCCGCCAGGCAGCAGAGGGAACGUUUAGAGGAGCAUGAACAGAAAACUGCAAAAGAAUGGACACCUUGCAACUGUUCCUUCAAAGAGAGAGAGAGGCAGAGACGGAUGAUCGCAGAGACGGUGAAGGGCAAGGUGCACAGUGCAAAUUUCCAGGUUGGAGUCAAGAAAGCCACCCUAAAGAUCGACCAAGAUAAAGAUACAUCCAGCAAAUCCAGCCAGAGUCUUAUAUUUACUAAACCCGGAGGAAGGAACUGAGAAGACUUCCCACCGGGCCGCAGCAGUGCCUCUGUGAGUCCACUCGACUCUCGUGCGUCAAACUUCUAAGAGCUUCCGUAAGACCUGAAAGCUUGUUACCCUACUUUUUGGCUUUAUAGACUUGGAUUCUGCACAGUAUGUACUUUGGAGUCAGGAAAGAGGAUUUGUUUUGUACCUACCUAUGAAUGUAUAUGUAUUCAAGUAUGUGAAGAGAUUGUUUAUAACCCAGGCUCCUAGGCUGGAAGCUACACUGUGUAGUCUCACAUUUGGAUCAAGAUCUACCCAAACAUCACAUCCCCAAGGAACCCCCACGAGACUGCAGUGGAGAAAACCUAAGACCUGUCCUGCAGCCCCAAGGCAGAAAGGAACCUCAGGGAUCUGGGGCCAUGGGAUAGUGACUUUAUAUCUGAGUUUACUGUAUUAUAAUAAAUUUAGAAUGCCAAUCCAUCUCAUUGCUUCUGUAAUAAUGACUGACAUGUCUGCAGCACUCUGCAGAUUUCAAAACCCUUCUCAUUUAAUCCUUCCCUGAGCCCUGGGAGCUGAACAGAAUCGUGGUCCCCAUUUUACAGAUGGGGAGGCUGAUGCCCAGAGAGGCUCACUGGCGAGCUUGAGAUCACACAGCUAAUAGAUUCAGCAGCUGGGUGUUGAGCGCCAGUUUCUAGUUCUAUGUCCUAUUGUCCAUUCUGCUACACCAAGGUGGCGCAGUCUCUCUAGUCCUAGGCUAUAAGGACUGGCCAAUCCCCCAGUCAUCAAAAAGCGCACACUUGUUCUUACACCACCUUGGUUCUCCAGCAG